AGAAUCAAAAUACAAAAUCCCCAUUCUUAAACCCUAAAACCUAAACCUAAAGCAGAGCACACACUCCCAACGUUACGUUGUCUCUGCCUCCGCUACGGCUGCGAUGUCGGAAAUCAGAACCGCCAAGACGCGCCGGGGCAAACGCGAGCUCGAGAAGCGUGCUCCCAAACUCGUUGAAUCAGGGAAGAAGACGCUUAUACUGCAUGGGACGAAGACAAGCGGCGUGUUGAACGCCGUGUUGGCUCAGAUUCAUCACCUGAAGAAGGAAAACUCCAUCAAGUACAGCCGCAAGAAUGAAAGCAUUAAGCCCUUUGAGAGUGGCGGCGAGACUUCUUUGGAGUUCUUUUCGCUUAAAACUGAUUGCAGCAUCUUUGUGUAUGGAUCUCACUCAAAGAAGCGACCUGAUAACCUUGUUAUAGGGAGAAUGUAUGAUCACCAUGUCUAUGAUCUAGUAGAAGUUGGGGUUGAAAAAUUUAAACCCUUGGAGUCAUUUAAUUAUGAUAAAAAAAUAGCUCCAAAGGAAGGGACGAAACCUUUUAUUGUUUUUAUUGGAGAAGGAUUUGAAGCUGUGGACGAGCUAAAACAUUUGAAGGAAGUUUUGCUCGAUCUUUUUCGGGGAGAGGUUGUAGAGAAUCUGAAUCUUGCUGGAGUGGACCGGGCAUAUGUAUGUACUGCCAUAUCUCCUAAUAAGGUAUUUUUUACUCACUGUGCAUUGCGACUGAAAAAAUCAGGCACCACUGUGCCAAGAAUGGAAUUGGUUGAAGUUGGCCCUUCCAUGGAUCUGGUUAUUCGUCGGCAUCGUCCUCCUAAUGAGAGUAUCAGGAAGGAAGCCAUGAGAAUUACAAGAGAAAAGCCAAAGAAAAAGGAGAAGAAUGUUAAAGGGGAUCCAUUGGAAGGAAAGAUUGGAAAUGUUUAUAUUCCAGAUCAGAAGAUUGGUGAAAUGGCUUUACCUAAUUUAGCAAAGGGAGUGAAGAGGGAGCGCCGAGAAGCCAAGCGGAAAAACCAGAAUGAUGAACAAGCACCGAAAAGGAAGAAGGAAGAAGAAUCUUAAUAUAUUAUAAACUACACAUGUUGUCUUCUUUUGAUUAUGAAGUGAUCCAUAGUGGAUCAAAUUAUAUCUAAUUUCUUAUCGCGUAGGUGACAUGAAUAUUCUUUAUUUCCCCUACAAGUGAGAGUUUUGUCUUCAUUUCA